AAUCUACAACCUGCACUCAGUGUGGAAAGAGUUUCUCAACCAAACAAAGUCUUGAGGUUCACAUGAGGAUCCACACCGGAGAGAAGCCGUUCAAAUGUGAUCGGUGUGGAAAGAGCUUCAGUCAAUCAUCAAACCUUAAAGAUCACAUGAGGAUCCAUAAUGGAGAGAAGCCGUUCACAUGUGAUCAGUGUGGGAAGAGUUUCACAAGAUCAGAAUGCCUUAAGUUACACAUGAUGAUCCACACCGGAGAGAAGCCAUUCACAUGUGAUCAAUGCGGAUGGAAAUUCUUAACCAAACAAAAGUUUGAGGUUCAUGUCAGAGUUCAUACUGGAGAAAGACCGUUCAUAUGUGAUCAAUGCGGGAAGAGCUUUAUGGAUUUGUCAAAACAUAAAAGACACAUGAAAAUCCACACUGGAGAGAAGCCGUACGCAUGUGAUAAAUGUGGGUUUAGUUUCAUAGAAUCAGGUAAACUUAAGAGACACAUGAUGAUCCACACUGGAGAGAAGCCGUAUACAUGCAUUACAUGUGGGAAGAGUUUCAGGGAUUCAGGACCCCUUAAGAUUCACAUGAGAAUUCACACUGGAGAAAAGUCUUUCAUGUGUGAACAGUGUGAAAAGAGAUUCUCAACCAAACAUAGUCUUGAGCUUCACAUGAGAAUUCAUACUGGAGAGAAGCCGUUCACAUGUGAUCAGUGCAGGAAGAGAUUCAGAGAUAAACCAAGUCUUGAGAUUCACAUGAGAAUUCACACCGGCGAGCCAUACAUGUGUGUUGAGUGUGAAAAGAGAUUCGCUUACAGAAAAAGUCUUAUUGCUCACAUGAGGAUUCAUACUGGAGAGAAGACGCACACAUGUGAUCACUGUGGCAAAAUAUUUAUUGGGUCAUCAGCCCUGAAGAAACACCUGACAGUUCAUACGAAGGAGAAGCCACAUUCAUGUUCUGUGUGUGGAAAGAGUUUUUCACUGCUGCAAAUUUUACAGAUACAUCAGAAAAUACACACUGGUGUGAAAGAGUACAUGUGCUUUGAGUGUGAGAAGACUUUUAUUACAGCCGGUGAAUUAAAACUGCAUCAGAGAAUUCACACUGGAGAAAAACCUUACAAGUGUUCACACUGUGGCAAGAGAUUCAGUCGGUCAACACAUCUGAAAACACAUGAGAUGAUCCACAGCAGAGAGAAGCCGCACACGUGUGAUCAGUGUGGAAAGAGUUUCUCUUGUAAAAGUCACCUGAAGCGACACAUGAAGAUCCACUUAGUUUCCUGUCCUGUAUUGGUGAAGGACUGUCAGUCUACUUGGGACCUGCCAGCGCCUUUUCCUGACCUAAAAGGUCACAAUGUGCCUAAAUCCAGGUUGCUUCUGUCUAUCGGUCCAUACCCGAUGGAGGAGAGUGAAGAACUGAGUGAAGUGGAGGAGAAUCAUCAUGUCAAACCUGGAGAAAAACCUUUGAGUCGCUCAAAGACUCAAAAGACAUUUUUAAAGAAAAGAAGAGCAGAGAAAUCUUUUACCUGUUCUCAGUGUGGAAAGAGUUUGGCAACCAAACAAAGUCUUGAGCUUCACAUGAGGAUCCACACCAGAGAGAAGCCGUUCACAUGUGAUCAGUGUGGAAAGAGUUUCUCAGAGAAACAAAAUCUUGAGGUUCAUGUAAGAGUUCAUACUGGAGAGAGACCGUUCACAUGUGAUCAGUGUGGGAAGAGCUUCAAACAUAAAUCAAGUCUUGAGCUUCACAUGAGAGUUCACACCGGAGAGAAGCCAUACAUGUGUGUUCAGUGUGAAAAGAGAUUCACUCACAGACAAAAUCUUGAUGCUCACAUGAUGAUCCACACCGGAGAGAAGCCAUUCACAUGUGAUCAGUGUGGGAAAACAUUCAUUGGGUCAUCAAACCUGAAGAGACACCUGACAGUUCAUACGAAGGAGAAGCCACAUUCAUGUUCUGUGUGUGGAAAGAGUUUUUCACAGCUGCAAAAUUUACUUACUCACCAGAAAAUACACACUGGUGUGAGAGAGUACAUGUGCUUUGAGUGUGAGAAGAUUUUUAUUUCAGCUGGACAUUUAAAACUGCACCAGAGAAUUCACACUGGAGAAAAACCUUACAAGUGUUCACACUGUGACAGGAGAUUCAGUCAGUCAUCACAUUUGAAAAUACAUGAGAGGAUUCACACUGGAGAAAAACCUUACAAGUGUUCACACUGUGACAAGAGAUUCAGUGUGUCAUCAUCUCUGAAAACACAUGAGAGGAUCCACAGCAGAGAGAAGCCGCACACGUGUGAUCAGUGCGGAAAGAGUUUCUCUUUUAAAAGUCACCUGAAGCUUCACAUGAAGAUCCAUGCAGUGGAGAAACCACUUAGUAGAGAACACUUUCCUAACAGCCAUGAUGAGUGACGGACAUUUUGUUGGUUGAUUGUAGGGGUGGGUGAUCUGAUGAGUUUAUAUCAUGUUUUAUCUUGAAGACAUCCAUGAACCACUUUUCAAGAUGAUCAUAGAGAUUGUGAUCUUUUAUAUCUUCGUAAUAAUGUUAAAACUACACCAAUGAAUGCCCAUUAGAUGGUUGUGCUGACUGGCCAAAUUAUAUCACUCAUCUCCAUCAUGAAUGGUUACCAUUUCAUGAAUGGUUACGUUUUUGAAUAACAAUUCAAUACAAGCUAGCAAUAUAUUUACAUUACAUUUAUAUUUAUUCAUUUGGCAGAUGCUCUUAUCCAAAGUGAUGAAAGUGAGGAAUACAACAAGCGAUUCUUCAUGAUGAGACAAGACACAAGAAGUGCUCACAAUAUAAGUUAUAGGCAGUGCUCAGAAUAUUAUAAACUACAAUAGAGAUGGAUUAGAAGAAGUGAAAGGAUAGGAAUCUGCAUUAUUUUGAUAAUUAAUCUAUCGAUUAUUGGAACGAUUAAUCGACUGAUCAUAGAUUAUUAUACUGGUUUAUCAGUAUGCUUUGUUAGAUUAUUCCACUAGCAAUUAGUUAAAAUAUCGAGUUAUACUUUAACUAAUCAUUAAAACAAGAAAAACUUCAGCUUUUGAAAGUGUAUUCUGCAACAUGUAUAAAUGUGUGUGUAGGUGUGUGUGUUUGUGUUAGAUAUUAGUUUGUGUUAGAAUAAUUAAUAAAGUCUCUGGUGGAUUUUUAAA